AUGCUUGAGAGCAAAGUAAUAGAGGUUGAACAGUUUUACCAAUCUACUGAUGUUCAAAACAAUGAUUGCAAAACCAAAGGCCGGAAGAAUCCUCUUACUGGAUCUAAGAAGCCACUACAACAUGCUUCCGAAGAAAUCACGUGUCAUGUUUCCAAAAUUAUAACUGAGAUAACUCGGCAUGAAUAUGCAUGGCCCUUUUUGGAACCUGUAGAUGUUAAAGGUCUUAAGCUCUAUGAUUAUUAUGAGCCUAUGGAUUUUAGCAUAAUAAAAAGAAAAAUGAAUGCUAAAGAUGGCUCUGGUUAUAAAAAUGUGAGGGAGAUAUAUGCUGAUGUAAGGCUGAUUUUUAACAAUGCAAUGACGUACAACGAUGAAACCCAUGAUGUCCAUCAGAUGGCCGAGAUCUUGCUGGAUGAAUUUGAGAAGAAAUGGUCGCAUCUUUUGCCUAAACUCACUAAAUUGGAGGCUGAAUUAUCAAAGGAAACACAUGAGAAUUUGAACAAAAAGCUUGCUCAAGAAGCCACUUAUGCUAACAUGACUAUGAAAUUAAGCGACGAGUUGUCUAAGGCUGAUAUGGCUUUGAAGAAUCUCAAAUCACUAAUGAUUGCAAAGUGCAGGAAACUGUCAUCUCUGGAGAAAUCGUUACUUGCUGCGGAUAUCACUAAAUUGUCUCCUGAUAACCUCCACAAGGCAUUAGAGAUAGUUAAUGAGAAUAAUCCAAAUUUCCAAUUUAGUAGGGAAGACGUGACCCUUGAUCUCGACUCUCAGGAAAAAGAAGUGAUUGCCAACAUUGAGGAAGAGAAAAAAUCCGAUGUCAAAAGGAGGAGAAUGAUGUGA